GGCCGCAACGCCGUAACGUCGCGACGUCUAGAUACCGCCUCUUUUCCCUACAACUCCUAACGAAAACCGUCGAAACGCGAUAUCGAAAAAUGAAACAUCGAUUUCACGCAGUAAAAAAUCACCUGAGUCUUUCGAGAUCAGCACCGCUCCGUAUCGCUCCGGUUGUCGCACGGCCACGGCCGGAAGUAUAGCGGAUUUUCGCGAGGAGGAAGACGGAUGUAACAGACGCGGGGCAGUGCAUUCUGGCGAGAGAAUAACUUCGCCGAAUCAGUGCAAUCUCAAAUCGUAGUGACUACGAUGUCAAAGUGAUCUUCUGCAAUUGAUCGAACGACAGACGCGUGUCAUCCAUCAUGCAGAGACCUGGAUUGCAGUUCGUGACUUUGCUGUUAUCCUCGUUGAUGGUGAUAAGGAUAUCAGUGGUCUCAGGACUCUACUUCCCGCAAUCGAACCUCACUCUAAAGCUCCCGUACUCGGCUCGACGCGACGAGGUCAAACUAAUCGGCCUCAGGACCCUACGGAACGACUCCGUUGCGCCGAAAAAUGUGGAGUAUCAGAUCCGCAUGCCGCGGGAAGAGUCUGUAAUUUACCUUAGAAAUUCGAGCGAAGUUAUGCUACGGAAUCUUUCGAAAAAUGACGACCUCAAUAUCAUUAUCAAAGCGACGGAAAAGAAUUUUGGCGAAGCGGUGCUCGAGAUAAAAGUGCAACCAGUACCGGUGAAGGGAAAAACAAUCAAUUGUGCAGAUUUCGUGCAGGACAUGUGCUUCUGGAACACGUCGAGAUACAAGAUUUAUGAGAAUCAACCAGUCACCAUGAUUGGCAUGUUCGGCCCGGAGGCAUACAGCUACGUGUGUCCCGAAUUUCGCGUCACCAGAUAUGAAUUAUUGAAUGGAACGGACUAUUUUCACGUAGUGAACGGUAAGUUAUUUGCGAACGCAUCCUUAGACCGAGAUGUUAUCGGACCUCCGGGAGGACCUGGACCUCACGUCAAGAUCCAAGUGAGAUGUGUCGUUUGGGAAGAAAAGACCGGGAUGCAGCACGUGCAAACGGACGUUCUCACCAUCGACAUUUUGGACGAAGACGACAAUCCUCCGACGGUGCAAGGGAACACUUCCAUCGCUAUAACGCUUCCGGAGUUCUCCAAGGGUUCUCCAUUGGUGAAUGAGAAUCUUUUGGUUCUGAAGGACGCGGAUGAGGUGACCAGCAACCAAUACAGCGUUCAUCUGCUUGACGAUACGUCCAACGCGUUGACCGUUAUUCACAAUGUUCUGCCGAUCGAGCAUCACACGCGUCCGAACCAAGCGCCUUCCACCGGCAUUUUUUCUAAGAUCUACACCAAGAAGACGCUGCUGCCGAAAUCGCCGUAUCGCGUAGUCCUUCAAUUCACGGAUGAAUCGCUUCUCGCGGGAUACGGGGCAAAUACGGUGAAUAUCAGCAUAACUUUCUCGGGACCGGUACACCAAUCUUUAGCGACCUCAGCACCGCCAACUGUCGCGACGGUCUCGUAUCCGACGAAUGUGAAGAUAGCCCGGAUUUCGCCCAAAUAUCUACGCGUGGCGAAACCUAUCGAGAAGCCGCAUUCUUCGAUUACUUUCGUCUUGAACGGUUCGAGUGCAUUCAACGUCACCGAACAUGACGGCAUCAUUUACGUCGCCGAUGAAACUAAGCUACAAUUCGAGCCCAGUCCCGUUCAACUGAAAUUAAAAUGGAUCAGAGCAGAUGGUACCGCGAUGCUCAAGACGCUGCGAGUGAAUCUAGUCAACGUAACGAAGAUUGUCCCGUGCGGACAAUCGGCUCAAGAGAAGCGCUCAUGCGCGAAUGCGGAAACGCGCGAGGAAUGCGAGAAGUCCUGCGGAAUCGGCAGCGGAGUUCUCAGCAAAGGCAGUUUCAUCGGUCGAUGCGUUUGGAGGAGCAACAACGCUUCUCAAAUGUCGGAAUAUUAUUCAACUUGUUCUCCGAAUUUGUCGUACUGCCCGGACAACGAAUGCGACGAACUGGAGCGCAGCAAUCCGCACAUAUGUCCGCAAGACUGCGAAUCUGACGUUCUUCUCGCACACAUGAACAGCAACGGCCGCGGCAUAAAGAGCGGCCUGAAUACCUGCACCUGCAACGAUCUACUGAAAUGCACCUGCGGGGUCGACUCCUUUUUGCAUCAAGGAAAUGACGUGCCCGGAACGACAAGGGAGGAACGACUGGCCACCGGAAAAUUACGUAAUCAGGGAAACGAUGCUGUCGUGUCGGGCGCGCGCAAAGCGUCCAACGGACCGUGCGGCCCCACGUGCAUGAUGGGUGUCAUUGGGGCUAGUUUGUUCGUGUUGAUCGUGAUUGUGGGGUCAUUCAUAACGUGGAGAUAUAGAAUGGCGGCGAAGGGCGCUCGACGGGAAUGCAAACACAGGGUGGACGAUGCGGCAAAUGGUAUUGGUAUUUUGCCCUCCGACUACAUCGAUCGCGGCGAUGGUCUCUUGAUCGGCCUGGACACGUUCACGGCGGCGAAUCGUCACCUAUUGUUACCCAAAACAUGCCCGCCGGAUCCAAAGUGGGAAUUUCCACGAUCGCUCCUGAAGAUCGAGCAGGUGCUGGGCGAGGGCGAGUUCGGGCGCGUUUUGCGCGCCAAGGCUAUGAACAUCGGCGGAAUUCCCGGUCCCACGACCGUCGCGGUGAAGACCCUGAAGGAGGACGCGUGUGCCUCCGAACUGACGGAUCUGCUGUCCGAAUAUCAGCUGCUGAAGGAGGCACAGCAUCCGAACGUGAUUCGGCUGCUGGGCGCUUGCACGACACCGCCGGGCGCGCCUGUCUAUCUCAUCAUCGAAUUCGCCGAAUUCGGCUCCUUACGUAACUAUCUGAGGCGCAGCCGGCACUUGGAAUCGGAGAGCAGAACACCCGCACCGACGUCUCUGCUUUCCACUUCGCCGAUCAACGUCAGCGAGGAGUCGCAGUGCAGCGAUAAUGCAUUGAACUAUACCAUAACACCGCGCGAUAUUCUCUCGUUCGCCUGGCAAAUAAGCAAAGGGAUGGCGUAUCUCGCUGAUAUCAAGUUGGUGCAUCGAGAUCUCGCGGCGAGGAAUGUUUUGCUCGCGACCGGCAAGGUCUGCAAGAUCUCGGACUUUGGUCUAACUCGUGAUGUAUACGAGGACGAUGCGUAUUUGAAGCGAAGCAAGGGACGAGUGCCCGUAAAAUGGAUGGCGCCGGAAUCCCUGGCCGACCAUGUGUAUACCAGCAAAUCGGACGUUUGGAGCUUCGGCGUGCUCCUGUGGGAGUUGAUCACGUUAGGAGCCUCCCCGUAUCCUGGAGUGGACGUGCAUAAUCUCUACAAUCUACUCAAGGCCGGCUACCGUAUGGAGAGGCCGUGUAAUUGCUCGCAACAAUUAUAUAAGUUGAUGGUGUCCUGUUGGCAUCAAGAGCCCAGCAUGCGACCGUCGUUCAAGGAGCUAACCAGCUACUGGGAACGCAUGCUCGAGGAUGGUGUCGAGUAUCUCGAUCUUAAUCCACGAACCGUCCAUAAUCAAGCCUACUUUGUGUCUCUGCAGGCUCUGGACAGCGCGAGUGGUUCCGAUAACGAUCAGGUGGACAACGGGAAAGUCAACGGGACUUUGAGGACAGACCUCAACUACCUCGGCCGAAUAUCCUCCGAGCCCGUCACCAAGUGCGACAAGGUGGACAAGCUGCAGGCGUUCUGGCAGCCGUCCAUAGCGUCCUUCCCCGAGGAACCCAUGAUGAAGUCGCCUUACAUAAACGAACGGCCCGCGAGCUUGAACGCCAAUCAUUACGAAAGCCCGAUAAAGCUGAGGAACACCAGCGUGACCAGCAACAGCGAGAACGAUCUGAGAACACCCCCCAACGAACGUCCCCAGUCUUACAUCGACAUGCAGGGGAAGAAGUCAGAGAUGGAGACGGAGGACCUCUUGGUGUUUGGGAGCAUGGACGAUAAGACUGACAAUAACGUGACGAAUUGAUCAUAAUCUCACGUUUAACAUUUGACAAAUGAGAAAAAAAUCCAAAAUGAGAAAACACGUCAGUUUUCUGAAUCUCGACGAGUUUUCGUUGUCUUGGGGCGGAUGAAAGAAAGUAAAGGUAACCGAUUGAGGGAACAAUUGUCGAUCGCAAAUUAUGCGAGAAAGAGAAGAAUAUUUAUUUAAGGGGAGGAAGUGUGAGAGAAAGAGAGAAAAUCUGUGUGAUAGAGCAA